AUGGGAUCUAGAUGGUUGCUCCGCUCUAUAAUCUGCAUGAGAGGAGCAAAACAGACCAAAUCAAACCGAGGCAACGUACAAUUUGAAACCUCAAACCGAGUCAAACCAAGCUCUGCUUCCACUAUACUUACACCAGAAGUCGCUGUUAUACGCAUUCAAAAGGCAUUUCGUGCACACAAGGCGAGAAAAAGACUAUGCAGCUUAAAGAGUGCAAGGAGAUUUAACUCAUUGGUCCAAGGACAUACCGUGAGGAACCAAACUUGGACAGCACUCAAUGUGAUGCAUUCUUGGUGCGACAUACAGACUCAGAUCAGAGAAAGACGUUUGUACAUGGUGACACAAGGUAGACUCCAGCACAAGAGAUUGGAGAAUCGAUUGAAGCUCGAGGUCAAGCUUCAGGAGCUAGAAGUUGAAUGGUGUGGAGGGUCUGAAACAAUGGAGGAGAUUCUUGCGAGGAUACAACAAAGAGAAGAAGCUACGGUGAAGCGUGAACGAGCAAUGGCUUAUGCUUUCUCUCAUCAGUGGAGGGCUAAUGCUACACAGUAUCUAGGUCAAGCUUCGUUUAACCUAGACAAAGAAAACUGGGGAUGGAGUUGGAAAGAACGGUGGGUAGCAGCUCGACCUUGGGAGAUUAGGACACAAGCCCACGUCACUAAACCGGUCAAACCAGCUACAAAACCGGAGAAAUCAGCACCAAAUGUAAAGACUUCUGUUAAACCGGGUUUAUCAAAAAGCAAGGAAGCAGCAAAUUCCAAAAAACCUGAUUGCGGAUGA